CUGGACAGAUUGGUGAGAUUACUUACCUUUUAAAGAGUGUAAGGAAUCUUUUUUAACAUUAAUGUUCAACAUUUUUAUCAUUAACAACUCGUAUUUAUUUCUUCCGCCUUCUCUUCAACUUCAUUUUUUCCUUCAACUACAUUACUUAUCUAUUUGCAUAUAUAUUUACAUACAUACAAGUUCCAGUACUGAAACGAAAAGGGGAAUGUCCGGCUAUGGCGGACGACGAGGCGGAGGCGUGGUCCAUGACCUCAGGGCACAGAUUCCGUUGGGAUUUAUUUCUCAGCUUCAGAGGAGAAGACACUCGCCAUGGCUUCACUGAGAAACUCUACAAUGAACUCGUACGGAACGGCAUACGGACAUUCAUCGACAACGAAGAUCUGGAUCGCGGCGAAGAGAUCUCUCCAAGUCUAGUGGCUGCGAUUAAGGACUCUGCGGCUUCGAUCGCCGUGAUUUCGAAGAAUUAUGCUUCUUCGAAGUGGUGUCUCGAAGAACUGGCGAAGAUCUCGGAAUAUAAAAAGCUAUUACUGCCGGUUUUCUAUGAAGUUGACCCGUCGGAUGUGCGGAAACAGAAGGGUCCGUUUGAGAAGCAUUUUAGGGAGCAUGAGAUUUUGGUGGAAGCGGCGGAGAAGGUUUAUCUGUGGAGAGAAGCUAUGAAGAAAGCUGCUAAUACCUCCGGUUGGGAUUCUAGGUUCUGGGAAGAAGCAGAGUUAAUUCAAUCUUUAGUCCAGAAAGUUCUGGGAAAACUUGAUAAUACACCUUUAGGUGUGGCAAAAUACCCAGUAGGACUUCAUUCUCGUCUUGAUCAAUUGCUCAGGAUUCUGGACGUUAAAGCAAAUGGUGUGAAAGUUUUAGGAUUGUAUGGAAUGGGAGGAGUGGGAAAGACCACUCUUGCCAAGGCUUUGUACAAUCAGUUUGUUGUUUAUUUCAAGAAACGUAGCUUUAUUUCAGAUGUUAAAGAAAUUGCAAGGCAACAAAAUGGUUUGGCCACUCUUCAAAGAAAACUCAUUGGUGAUCUUAACUCAGGUGCUUCGCCAAUCAUAGAGAGUACUGCAAAAGGUAUUCGAUUGAUAGCUGAAUCUGCGAAUAAUGAGCCAGUUGCUAUUUUCCUAGAUGAUGUGGACGAUGCAAGCCAACUUCGUGAAUUGAUUGGUGGUAGAGACCGGUUUUGCCAAGGAAGCAGAGUCAUUGUCACCACUAGAGAUCAAAAUGUCUUACAAUCAAGUAUUGUAAAUGACAUUUUUGAGGUAAAAGAGCUCUACUCGUCCGAUUCACUUAAGUUAUUAAGUUAUCAUGCAUUUGGAAGAGAGCAGCCUCCUAAGAACUUUUCGGGUCUUGCUGAAGAAGUUGUACAAAUCAGUGGGGGAUUACCUCUGGCUCUGGAAAUUUUUGGAUCUUCAUUGUUCUAUAAGAAAAGAUUGAAGGAGUGGCAAGACGUAGUGCAAAAGCUGAGACAGAUUCGUCCAGGUGAUCUUCAAGAUAUCUUGGAAGUAAGUUUUGGUGCUCUAGAUGAACAAGAAAGGUGCAUCUUUCUUGACUUAGCAUGUCUUCUUCUUAAUACAAGGCUUGAAAGGGAAGAUGCAAUUGCAAUAUUUAAAGGUUGUGGUUUUGGCGCUGAAACUGCAAUAACAGCACUCACUGCAAAAUCGCUUCUUAAAAUAGUUGAUGGGAAUGUCUUGUGGAUGCAUGAUCAGCUCAAAGACAUGGGAAGGCAAAUCGUACAACGUGAAAAUUUUGGAGAUGUUGGUAAACGUAGUAGAUUGUGGAAUCAUGAUGAUAUUAUGACUGUCCUAAAUAACCGCAAGGACACAAGUAAUAUUGAGGGUAUUGUGCUUCACUUUGAGAGGAAUCAAGAUCAAAACUCUGAGGAAGUAUCCUGGAUCUAUUUGAAGAAAGUACUUGAAAAGUGUAUUGGCCGAGGUAGGACGGCAAAUGGUUUAACAUUUCACACUAGAGAUUUUCAGUGCAUGGUCAAACUGAGACUCCUCCAAAUCAAUCGUGUCAAAUUGGUUGGAAAUUUCAAGCUAUUCCCUGCUGACCUGAAGUGGCUGCAGUGGAAAGGGUGCCCUUUAAAAGUUAUUCCUCCAAAGUUGUUGUCCCGAAAGAUUGCAGUUCUUGAUUUAUCGGAGAGCAUGAUCACACAAGUCUGGAACAAGAAAAAGUGGAAUUUCUACCAGAAUAAGAUGGCAAAGCAGCUGAAGGUUAUGAAUCUACGUAGCUGUCGUCAACUCAAGGAAAUCCCUGAUUUAUCUGGACUUCAAUUGGAGAAGCUGAUUCUUGAGCAAUGCAAUGAACUGGUUGAGAUUCAUCCAUCAGUUGGAGACUUGACUAUGUUGACCCUUCUAAACAUGAAGGGUUGUAAGAACCUUUUGGCAUUUCCAGAUGAUGUGUCUGGAUUGAAACGUCUUGAAGUACUUAUCCUAUCUGAUUGCUCGAGUCUAACAGAAUUACCAGAGGACUUGAGUGCCUGGAAAUCAUUGAGAGAGCUUCUUCUAGAUGGUACUGCAAUAACAACGCUACCUAACUCUAUCUUCCACCUGAAGAAUCUUCAAAUGUUGAAUUUAAAUGAUUGCCGGUCUUUGGAGUUGCUGCCUAGAGCUAUUGGGAAUCUAAGUUCACUGAGAGAGCUCUCUCUUAGUGGAUCAGCUUUAAAGGAACUGCCUGAUUCCGUUGGAAAUUUGAAAAAUCUUGAGGAAUUAAGUUUGAGAAUGUGCAAGGGACUCAUCUCACUUCCUGAUUCCCUUGGCAAUCUUAGAUCUUUAAUAGGACUUUAUCUUGAUGACAGCUCCAUAAAAGAAUUGCUGCCUUCUGUUGGUUUAUUAUCUCAAUUGAAGUUCCUUUCAGUCAGCAAUUGCAAGUCCUUGAGUGAAUUGCCCAAUUCCGAGAAUAGCUUCUCGUCAUUGGUUAGGCUUUGUCUACAAGGGACCUCAGUUAGUGAACUAAGUUUCCAGUUAGGGAGCUUCGAGUCCCUUGAAACGCUUGAGCUGAGGUACUGCACUUCAAUCAAAUCUUUACCUAGCUCAAUCGUAAAUAUGUCAUGUUUAACUACUUUGGACCUACGAAAUACAUCAAUUUCUGAGUUGCCAGACAAGAUAGGCUUAUUGGAAAAACUUUGGACGUUGAAACUGGACAACUGUUCGAAACUCCAACAUCUUCCAGCUUCAAUUGGAAGCCUUAAGAGCUUGUGUUACCUCUAUAUGGAUGAAACUGCUGUCUCAGAAUUACCUGAUGAAAUUGGAAUGCUUUCAAGCUUAAAGCUACUGAAGAUGAGAAAGACACCACAGCCUAGAGAGGAUGAACUGCUGCUGGAUAUGGAAGAUUUACAUGUAAGAGAAAUUUCUAAACGCGUUACUCUUCCAGAAUCAUUUUCGAAUCUCUCAUCCUUGGAAUUCCUAGAUGCUAAUGCAUGGAAAAUAUCUGGGAAGAUUUCUGAUGAUUUUGAGAAGUUGACUGCUCUGGAAGAACUCAAACUUGGAUACAAUGAUUUUUGCAGCCUCCCUUCUAGCAUGAAAAGACUUCGUGUUCUCAAGCGUUUGUAUCUCCCAAACUGCAGAAAGCUCAAGUUUCUCCCUGAACUUCCCUCAAGUUUGGUAUGGUUAAAUGCUGCACACUGCUCCGCUUUGGAACAGAUAGCUAGCAUAUCAAAUUUGAAUUACUUGGAAGAACUCCAAUUCAGUAAUUGCAAGAAGAUAAUAGAUAUUCCUGGCCUUGAAAGCUUGAAAUCUUUGAAAAGGUUUUAUACAGUCAGUUGUAACGCAUGCUUGCCUUCUAUAAAAAGGACUAUUUCUAAGGAUUCUCUAAGGCAUAUGGAGUAUCUCUGUCUUCCAGGUGAUGACCUUCCAAAUUGGUUUAUUCAGGAAGUACCUAACUUCUCAACUCGCAAGCACCGUGAUCUCAAGGGAGUGCUCAUUGGCAUAGUUCUCUCUCUAGACCAACAAGUAGAGGAUGAUUUCAGACAUAAAGUCCCAGCAAUCGUGGAUAUACAAGCAACGAUUACCACAUCAGGUGAUGCUAAUCCUAGACAUACAAAGACUUUGUACUUGUUGGGGGUUCCUGAUACGGAUGAAGAUCAGCUAUAUUUAUGUAGAUUUCAAGAAUGCAGUAGUUUUACGUUAAUGUUGAAAGAAGGCGACAGGCUGCAGGUUGUAAUUAGAGAGUGUCCGCGUUUUAAUGGCCUCAAACUGAAGAAGCAUGGGAUGCACUUGAUUUAUGAAAAUGAGGAUGACUUUGAUGAUAAUGAUGAGGAUCUGUUUGAUGAAUCUCAGCAGUCUGUGUCAAAGAAACUUGCUAACUUCUUUCAUUCCCAGAAAUGAAUUCAGCAUACAGAAAGUGGAGUCCAAGAAUUGGACUAAGAAUUGGACUGUAUAAAGAUAUUUAUAAAUGUGUAUAUAUUAAAUGUGAGUAUGUCGAAAACAAUCUCCCUACCUUCUAAAAGUAGGAAUAAGGUAUGUGUAUACACCACCCUCUCAGACCCCACUUGUGAGAUUACACCACGGUAUGUUGUUGUUAUUGUUGUUGUGUAUAUAUCAAAUAUUUCAUCUCUGUUUGUGGCCUCGCAAGCUUAAUUUGAGUAAACAUUGUUGCGGAUGGAUAGAUUGUGAUAACUUAUAACUUUAACUA